AUGGAGAAUGGCGAGGCCCAGAAGGGCCGAGACAUCACCAAGGACACCAGGAACCCACAGAAGACCCGAGACAUAACCGUAGACACAGGGAACGCCAAGAAGACCCGAGACAUAACCAUGGACACGGGGGAUACUCAGACGACCCGAGAGGACACCAUGGACACGGGGGAUACCCAGACGACCCGAGAGGACACCAUGGACACCGGCGACACCCAGACGAUUCGAGACAUCACCAUGGACACGGGGAACACCCAGACGAUUCGAGACAUCACCGUAGACACAGGGAACACCCAGACGAUUCGAGACAUCACCAUAGACACGGGGGAUACCCAGAAGACCCGAGACAUCACCAUGGACACGGGGGAUACCCAGAAGAUCCGAGACAUCACCAUGGACACGGGG